CCGGGAUCACUAGCGUUCACGUCAGUGGCGCUAGGCGCUACGCCUUUGGAUUAUGGCCUGUGUUGUGUCUCGCUUCUGAUUGGCUUGUGUUUUGUUAGUGGGCGCGGCAUAGCACGUGCUGCACAGCGUUGCACGCUGUUGAAUGGGCUCCACGCUUUACGAUCGAGCUGCGCCGAUCAGUGUUGAUUUUCUGUUGUCGGAAUUUUCAAUAUUAUUAAAAAGUCAGCGAUUACGGUGCGACGUUUUGUGUUUCCGCAUAGCUCGCGACCCAGAUCGUGUCGCUCACUCCACGGGAUAGAUUCCGUUUCUGUCUCCGUCUGUGGAUCCAUUCUGGAUCUACCAUUAGAUGGUAGCAGAGCCGACAGCGGUUCUCUGAUUUGAAUUGUGCCAGGCAAAGUUGGCCUGUUAUUUGACGUGGAACCCGACCAGUAAGGCACAGGUCUGUACCACAGCAAAGCGCAACACCACAAGCGGUGCAAGUUCCUCAUCUGACGUGGAUUUCCAGCCUUGUUUUCGGUGCAGCGUCUUCAACGAAGACCUGUACUGUUGCAGGGACUGUGCAAGAGUUCAAGAGAGCAGUCGCCAGUGUUCCUCGGUGUAGAGUCUUCAGCGAAGACCUACACUGGUGUCACUGGUACUCGGCAAGGAUUCAGCGAAUCCUAAGCCGUGGGGCAGAAGCGCCGAAACGCCGAAAGGGGCGUACGGAAAAGACCGAUCAGACUCCUCCAAACUGGAGUAGAGCGCCACCACUGUUGCUACGGCAGUCAGCCGGCACAGUAACCUUUCAAAAGCGUGCGGCACCACCGUUACGGUAAAACCGGCGGCAGCGCGGGAACGGAUAGUGGAAGAAGAAUUUGGAUCAUCUGGAUCGUUUUCCCCGUGGAACGGACGGUUAACAGAAGGUAAGCACAGUUAAUGGACAGAUUGGGACGACAAAACUCGGAUAAUUCAGACUCGGAAAGUAUUGGAAACCCACUAAAAGCAUCUACACCUAUAAGAAUGGAAGGUGAAUACGGUUAUGACACCUCAUAUGGUGAAGGAUCAACGUCGUCAGUGGGAACGGCUCAGAAUGAACCUGGAACAAGUCAAGGAGGUUACUAUGGCGGCCAGGGAUAUUACGUGUAUCACGAUCCAGGACAGCAGACGAGUUAUCAGGACACGGUUAACUGGGUGCACCACGGCUCACCUGCCGGAACCCAGUAUUCGGGACAAGUAACGGGCGCCCCGUAUCAACCGUAUCCAGGAUCGUAUACCCCACCGAUGGGACCACCACAAGUAAUGAUGGGACCGGCAAGAAUGUUGAUGCCGCCACCGCAACAGACCACACCGAGUCGAUUUAUGGGACAUGGUGGAUUCAGCGGAACUCCACCACGAUCACAAAGGUCAUCUCCGAUAUUACCGCCUUUUCCGGAGACGGGAGGCUUGUCACUGUCGGAUAUCGGAGCGCCUCGCAUGAGAACACCGCAGCAACUUGGAGCGCAACGAUCUCACCGGAACUCGCCACAGAGAGGAGGAAGACGAGGCGGAAACCGGUUCGAUUCACCACGACCGCGAGGCAUAUUGCCAUCACUGGGCCCUAACUUGGACGAAACGGGACCAGAUGGGUUACGGUUGACGCCACCAGGCGAACCUUCAGUACACGAGUACGCGCCGAAACUCCCUUUGGACCUCAGAGAGGAUGAUGCGCGUUUAAACGUAAUCGUGGACAAAGCAGAAGAGUUGACAGAAGCGGAUGGAACGGCCAUUCAGGACUUUAACAGGAUGUGCCGUGACCUUUACAGAAUUCACAUGAGAGUGGAAGACGAACAUGGAUGGUAUGGAAAGUUGAUCAGCCUGGAGGCAGUCAUCAAACCAUGCCACACAGCGUUGAAAGAGAAAACAAAAGCGAUAGAAGUCAAGCGCAAAGAAUUAGCGAUAAAAUUGCAUCGAUGUGGCAAUAUCAUCCGGCAGUACAUGGCAGGCAGUGGCCGCGGAUUAUCGAGAAGGUUCUGAGAUACCUUAAAGUAUUUCCGGAAGAGAAAACGAUUCCAGCGACCAGCAGCGCAGGAACAUCUAAGCCAUUAGUCGAAAAAGCCACUUCGGUGGAUGAAAUGUCUGACAGUGACCUUUUGGCAACAAAGAGAAAGAUUGAUGCCGAAUUAACUGAACGAGCAGAAAGGUCACGGGCCAGCUCGACCGCAGGAUCAACACGUGGACGGACCAGUUCGGUUACAGAACCAUCUAGCGGAGCCACGAAGAGUGGAAAAAGAGCAAGGUCACCAACGAUAAGCCCAAAAGAAACUGACAAGAAAGGGCAGCGAACGAAGAAGGCCACGUCAGGUAAAGCAACACCAGCUGAGCCGGCAAAGCCACAAGGCCCAGUCCCAGUGGGUAGAAAGAGCGCGCCACCCACACCAGCUGGAACAGAAGGUCAAAUUCGAUUUCCGAAGUGUAGAAGCUUCACGGCCAAGUACACUGGCGAAGACCAUAGAGAACGAAAGGUCACCGCACGAAUAGUCGAUAAGAAAACGAACAAAGAGAUCGACUCGUAUAAUCCCCUCGCGGAUAGGUCAGUCAAGGAUGCCAUUGGGAAAGAGUCAAAAACGAUAGUCAAUGAGGCGCUACAGUUUAUUCCCCCAGAAGAACGUCAUAACCCAAGAGUUAUCGUUCAGAUGAUGAAGCACGUGGUAUCUAAAGUUGCAACCGAAGAAGAUGCAUGGAUCCGUAUCAAAGUGGGCACAGAUGAUGACCACGUGGCAUAUACAUACACAACGGACGGCAAACUGUUGAUCAAAGAGAGAACUCGCUCAAAACCGACGGCGGAUCCAGAUCCGAAGAAACGAUCGUCAGAUGAUUAUGAGUCGGUCCUGAGAUACACAGAGGCGACAAGCAGAAAGGUCACCCUCAGACUUUUCGGUGGUAAUGGAGAAGCUGUGGAAACCAUAACUGCAGUGAUAGUCGAUCCAAUAACAGGAGACCCGGUUCCAUAUGCUCCAUGGGACGUAUCAGAAGAGAGCGCCCGAAAUGCGAAUCAGGCAGCCGUUGAGCAGUUAUGGGAUCUGAUACCCGAAAGCGACCGGACAGAUGCCGUGGUUCAAGCGAGUACACUGAUCAGCAUGAUGCGGCAUCGAGCGGAAAUCGAUGGAGCACAUUUCCGACUCACAAGACGAAUGGAGGACGGAUCGUACAAAACGGUAUUUUACGACGCUAAGAAGAACCCUUUGUGGGAGGUCGCCUCACAGGGACAGCUGACAGAGACACUACAUUUGGAAAUCCAGCCCCCGGCACAAGAAGGCGGAGCCGGAGAGACGGAAGAGGCACAGGGCA